AAAAUGCAACACACCCUUCUGGCCUUCGUCCAAACUUUCUGUUUUCCAAAACCUUCACAACUUGGAUAAUCCUCACACCCCGGACAUUGCCAUCUCCGCCGCGGCGCCGCCACUAUGAGCAUAAAACACUGUGGACACCACCACAACGAGGAGUGGCGGAAGCUCGUCCGCCGCAUCCUCAUCGGCCUCGCCACCCUCGUCGUCAUCCUCGCCAUCGUCAUCCUCCUCGUGUGGGCCAUACUCCACCCCUCAAAACCCCGGUUCGUCCUCCAAGACGUCACGGUCUACAACUUCACCGCCUCCGCGGGCCCGCCCUACGCCCUAACCGCCGUCAUUCAGGCAACCAUCUCGUCCCGCAACCCCAACGACCGAGUCGGAGUUUACUACCACCAACUCGACGUCUUCCCCUCCUACCGUGGGCAGCAGAUAACGGCGGCGCUGCUGCUGCCAGCCAGCUACCAGGGCUAUAACGACGUGACCGUCUGGUCGCCGAUGCUGCUCGGAAACGACGUGCCGAUAUCGCCGUACCUUCAGCAGCUUCUGAGCCAGGAUCUGAACGUGGGGUCCAUGCUGGUGGACAUUAAGAUCGUCGGGAGAGUGAAGUGGAAGGUCGGUUCUUGGGUUUCCGGUAAGUACCAUUUCGACGUCAACUGCCCGGCUUAUCUCCAGCUCGGUGGCUCGACCGGGAUUAUUCCGGUCGGACCGGCGAUGAAGCUUCAGUUGCUGCUGCGUUGUCAUGUGGAAACCGCUCUUGGUUAAUAUUGACUUUGAUUUGGUUUAUUUUUAUCUUAUUUGUAUAAUUUCCUUUUUUUUUUAUUCAAAAGGAAAAGGAAUUAAUUUACUUGUGUCGUUUGAACUUUUAAUGAGCAUAUAUAUAAUGAUAAUGAAAUGACUCUUUUGUCGAUGGGUCUCGCCAUAAAGGGACGGCAAAAUCAGCUGACUUAUUUAUGGUUAUUACAAAUUAAUUUGGUUAA